CAGAUGCCUCCUUCCCGGGGGUUCCUAUUUCCCAGUACCCUUAUCCACUGGGUACCCCCUACCCUGCUACACCCAUCCCCUGAUGACUCCCUCCCCUGGUUUCCCCUCUUUCUCCAGGUAUCCCAUUUCCCUGUACCCCCAUUUCCCAGUACCCCAAUCCCCUAAGUCCCCCUUUCCUCCAGUGCCCUGCUACCUUGAGUACAUCUCUACCCUGCUACCCUCCUCUCCAGGUCCCUCCCUCCUCCAAACACUCCCUAUUUCACCGUCCUGCACCCCAACUGGCAUCUCUGGAGGGGGCUGCUCCCCGACCGCCCCAGGGAUGGGUUCGGGUGGGCAGCAAUGGGGGUUCUGCUCCCCCAAACUUCCUCAGCACCCCGAGCAUCCAGCCCCAGCAUCCUGAAAUAGGUUUAUUUUUCAGGGUAGAGGGGCUGGUGCUCACAGGGAGGGGGUGUAGGGUUGGGAAGCGGUCACUUGUUGCUCCGUAAAUCCUCCAAACCCCUUUGGCUUCGGUCCCUGCCGAAGUUAUUUGCUUAAACCACUCCUCGCCUGUGGGAAUGCGCCUUCGCCACAACUUGUGUCCUGCUUGCCAUGUGCCAUGCGCUGGAGAACACAACGGCAGCCCAGAGUGCUCCAGGCCCACCGGUGGCGGCAGCAGUGAGAUCCCACUUCAAUGACUGUCCCGACUCUCACAGCCAGUUCUGCUUCCACGGCACCUGCCGGUUCCUGGUCCAGGAGGACAAACCAGCAUGUGUGUGCCACUCGGGGUAUGUGGGGACGCGGUGUGAGCACGCUGACCUCCUAGCCGUGGUGGCUGCCAACCAGAAGAAGCAGACGAUCACUGCCUUGGUGGUGGUGUCGGUGGUGGCCUCAGUGCUGCUUAUCAGCGCGUGCCUGCUCAUACACUGCUGCCAGCUGCGGAAGCGAUGCCAGUGGUGCCGAACACCUGGUGGCGGCCAAGAAAAGCCGGGAGGGCUCCUGAAAAGUGGUACCUCCUGCUGCCACACGGAGACGGGGGUCUGACAGAGCCGGGGGUCCCACCACCGCUCCCCACCCAGGACACCCGCGCCAGGGACCAGCGCAGCCUCUCUCCUCUGGUUUUGGUCUUUUUUAUUUGUUUGGUUUUCCCUUUUUUUUGCCUUUAUUCCUUUCCACCACGGAAAAACAGCAGGAGACGGGCUCAGCAGCACCAUCAGUGUGCCAGCAAAGCAUCGCCCCCGCCGCAGAGCCAGACCCCAGCCCAGCAAAGCGCAACUGGGUUGGGGUUUUUUUUGUUUUGUUUUUUUUUCCUUAGGUUUUGGGGUUAUUUUUCUCCAAUUCUAUUUUUUUUUCCGAAGCCAGAACCUCCUCCCCCACCCCUUGCAGGAUGGGGCUUUAUUUUUCUAUCGAGACAAAAGUGCCGGCGAACUCUUUGCCGCAGCAUCCACACGGACCGCGCUCACUCUGGGGACAGAUAGGACUUUUUUAUUAAUAAUAAAAUGAACCUUAAUCCUAGGAAACCUCCUCAAACCGGUGCUCUAACCUCCCGGUACAGCAUUAAUCCUUUCCGUAGUCUUGAUCAUAACCAGCCCAAAGCUUAUUUUUGUUUGGUUUGGUUUGGUUUAUUUUGUUCAAGUCCUGGUUACUCUCAUGUCUUCUGUAUAUGUUGCACUGAAAGUUAAUAUUUAAUGUUUUAAUUUAUUUUGUCUGGUUAAAUUAAUUUUUGAUUUCUAUAAUAUGUUAUUGUGAUCAACUGUUCUUUUUUUUUCCCUUAAUAUCUGGAUUAUAG